CUCUGAAGGCUGGCCUGUGCGUCCGAGUAAAACUGUAUAUUGUCUUCCUGCGCAGACAUUCACUCUCCCAAUCCUUUUUCACCAUCCUCCUCACUGCCCUGUCCUUCACUAUUUUUCUCUUCACCAUAUUCACCACCUUCCUCAAUUCACUUCUACACACCGUCCAACCUAUCUCUUGAAUCACGUACCUCGGAGGAAAGAACAUCCACAGGCUUAAACAGCGCGCCAAUCCAGUCGGGCGCAUACGCCAAAUGACAUUGGAGUCUUGUGCCUAUCUGGGUGGUGACAACGAGUAUGCCAGACUCGAGAGGGCUUUGAUUGACGCCAGGCAAGAUCUAGGUCAGAAGAAGGCCGAGUUCGCCAGGCGGACAGACGGCGACCUCAACUACAAACUCAACCUUGUCACCCAUCGAGCUGAAACAGCCGAGUCCGGUCUUCGUGAGGUCACCGCUCAUCAUAUGGCGGCGCUGGACGAGCUCGAGAACACCCGCUGUGCCUAUUCAAUUGCCGAGGCCAGGCUCCACGAGGCUGAGAGGGCCCGCGAUGAGAUGUCAAUCAACUAUCGCAACCUGUCCUCCGGAUACAAUCGCUUGCAGGAGGACUUGAACGAAACACGCCAAGUCCUCUCGUCCACGGAGAGAGAGUUGAAGAAUACCCUGAUCGAGCGCAACGAGGCCCGCGGUUCACUCAGGAUGUCCCAGGAAGCCUGGAACCUUGAGAGAACCAACCUCCAGUCAAAAUACAACGCCUCACAGACUCAGCUACACACUGUCCAGGGUCGUCUUGAUACCACGGAGGGCAGACUCAGGGAGGCGCUGAGGCUCAAUGACGAGGCGGCCAAGUCCCUUGCUGACAAAACGGCCUACAUGUAUGAGGCGGCCAAGUAUAAGGAAGCUUACGGGGUGGCCAAAAAGGAUGUCGAAUUCUUCAAGAGCCAACUGGCCACUACUGAGGAAAGGCUCUGUGAGAUUCGCAAAGAGCGCGAUCUUGCCAGAGUCGACGCGGACUUACGCGACAGAUUGUCGGGUCUGACUCACGGUGUUGCUGAGAAGAGGGUCGGCUUUUCUACCCACGUUCAGGUGGCCGAUAUGGGUGUCGAAAGGCCUCCCACACCCCUCACCCUUUCUAGAACCAGGACUUGCAGGGGGAGAAGCUCGAUUUCUUACAGCCUCUCCAAUAUGGUUAUAUAA